AAGAAGAAGAAGAAGAAGAACACAGCGCGUUAUGAAGGUGCAAUAUCGCACAGGGCUAACAAAACGAGGUUGCGACAUGAGAAAGCGGUUGCCCGUCGCGUUUAAAGUCUCUGGACCCAAAUUGUUUUGUUGGUAACCGCGUGUGGCGGUCGCAUGGGAGGGAGUUUCCGUUAUAUAUCCGCAUCGACCGUCAACAAUUUCAUAUCAAACGGUUAAGGCCGCCGAAAAAGACAUCAUGAAGAUCGUACUAUACGCGUUAUUGUGCGUCACUGUCGCGGUACGUGCCCUUCCCACUCAAGAAGAGCCGCGCAGCAACACGAUCCAAACCGAGAACGAUCUGCUGGAUUCGAUCUACACCGACUGCCUCCGCAAGGAUUCCACGUCCUGCUUGAAAUACAAGAUCUACAAUUUCGUGGACAAAUCGUUGGGCAACAAGGACGUGAUCACCGUCACCGAUGGCGUGCAAAUCAUCCGUACCGGAAACGACAGAGACGGAGCGCCGCGCGCCUUGAAGGGCGACGAGACCAUCGAGUCGCUGGUCUUCGAUCGGAUCGCGAGGUUCUUGGAGUCUCACACCCUUAAAGUGGACAUUAAGGGUAGCGAGGUGGUCAACGCGGUCAGCUCCACGGCGAGGAGUUUCAGCGAGUUUACCGAAAGCCUUGAAGAUGACGGGGCUGUGGAAGAAGGCAGGGGCAAGAAGAAGAAGAAAAACAUGAUGGGUCCGUUGAUGGCGGCGUUAGCAUUGAAGGCCGCGGUCCUCGGGAAGCUGGCCCUGUGGGGUAUCGCACUGAUCGCCGGCAAGGCUCUGCUUAUCGGUAAAAUCGCUUUGGUGCUGUCCGCCAUCAUCGGAAUCAAGAAACUCCUGGGUCAGCAAGGCGGCAAACACGUGACGUACGAAGUGGUCGCCCAUCCUCAGCACAGCAGCAGCCACGUCAGCACACACGAAGCAGUUUCGGCUCACGGGGGCGGCUACGGAGGCGACGUCGGGGGCAGCUACGGUGGCUCGGCCGGAGGAUGGGGUAGGUCCAUAGACGCGCAGACAUUGGCGUACAGGGGACAUUUGCCCGCGAAAGCAGCCCAACCCACUCAGUAGGACGACGAAGGAAUUCCCGAAGUACCUGCCAAAUCGGCAAGGUGUGAAAACCUGGCCAGCAAAGUCUUAUUUAUGGAUAUUUAUUGAAUUUUUGCUGUAAUUAAUAUAGAUUUUUGUAAGACGAAUAAGACACACAAGACAAAGACUACAAUUACCACAACCCCCGGGCGGUUUAGAUUUAAGCGUAAUUUUUACUUUGAUAAAACCAGUCAAUAAAAGUAAUUUAUAACG